AUGUCAGAAAAGGGAGAGGUGGAUUUAACUGGUGCGAAGCAAAACACUGGCGUAUGGCUCGUAAAGGUUCCCAAAUAUUUGUCCCAACAAUGGGCAAAAGCACCUGGCAGGGGAGAAGUUGGGAAGAUCCGGAUUUGCAAGAAAGGGAACUUGGGGAAGCCUGAGGUGACUUUCACUUUAAAUGAAGAGUUGACUAUAAUUGAAGGAAUAAACACAGUGGCAGCACCUCGAGAGCAUCCAUUCACAAUGCAGAGUGUAGGAGGUCAGACACUAGCAGUCUUCACAGAAAUGGCAUCAGGCCAGUCAGAGGAGAGAUCUGAUGGCAGCAGCCUAGGUUCGAGUGCAGGACCAGAUAAAAUAGCCUUGGAGGGGAUGGUGGUUCAGAGAGCGGAAUGCCGACCAGCUGUGAGUGAAAGUUACAUGAAGUUGAAAAGGUUGCAGAUAGAGGAAUCAUCAAAACCAGCCAGAUUAUCACAGCAACUCGAUAAAGCAGUCACAAGCAACUACAAGCCUGUGGCAAAUCAUGCAAACAAUCUCGAGUACGAGAGGCCGAAAGAAAGAGGAAGGGAAGAGAGCAAGGGCAGACAAACAGCAGUGGACAUCACCAAGCAGCCAGUGAUUUACUUGAAGGAAAUAUUGCGCGACAUUGGCAUUUACAACGUGAAGGGAACUCACAAGAACACAUGGGAGCUUAAGCCCGAGUAUCGACACUACCAGGGAGAAGAAAAGACAGAGGAUGAAUAG